GUUUGAAUAGGCGCAGAUUUGGGGAUGCGAAGUAUGAGUGGAAUGUUCUCAGGUAUUAAACAGUUGGAGUCCAGACUAAAAUCGCUCGACGAACUUGAUUUUGAAGCUUUAAAGGAAAAAGCUGUUUGCUUACUCAAAUAUAAUCAGCAAUUGGAAAAUAUUAUAUCAAAGCUUCGAAAACAAGAAAAUGAUGUUCCAAAAGUCACCAAACCAUUCAUUUUUGACAGGUAUAAGAAGCGUCAUAUUGCGUUAAAACUGUCGUAUUUGGGUUGGAAUUAUUGUGGACUGGUUCCUCAAGGUUGUCUCGCACUAACGGUCAUGGACCGCAUUUUCGACGCACUGGAAAAAUCCAAACUCAUUGAAAAUAGAAACGAGUGCGAUUUUUCAGUUUGUGGACGAACUGACAGAGGAGUUAGUGGAAUGUGCCAAGUUGUUUCUCUUGUUUCACGUUCACUAAUAGCUAGAGGGGUUGGAGUUAUUGAAGAUUCAGGUCCUUGUAUCUCUGAGCGCCAGGAUGUUCCUGACGAAGAAAUGGACUAUGUUUCUGCAUUGAACAAAAAUUUACCACGCGAUAUCCGAGUCCUAGCUUGGUCUCCCGUCUCACCAGACUUUAGUGCAAGGUUUAUGUGUUGCAAAAGAUCUUAUGAAUAUUACUUCCCUGAAAGCGGUCUAGACAUCAAAUCAAUGAUUGACGCGGGUAAUCGGCUCGUUGGAGUACAUGAUUUCAGAAACUUCUGUGCUUCCCGAAUCGAAAAAGAUACUGUGACUUUUAUACGUGAAAUUUUCGAAGUGGUUGUAAGCGAUGUAGACUCAUGUGAUCAUCACUCCAAGUUAUGUCGCAUUAGCAUAUCGGCUUCGGGUUUCCUUUAUCACCAAAUACGAUUUGUUAUGUCUAUCUUGUUUAUGGUAGGAAGGGGUUAUGAAAGUCCAUCAGUUGUUGAUGACAUGUUGGAUUUGAGUAAAACUCCCGCUAAACCUCAAUAUCAGCUUGCAGCUGACUUCCCAUUGUUAUUUAUUGCUGGCACUUACCCAGAAUCUUGUUUAAAUUGGGAAACAAGUGAAGCUGCUCAACUAGAUUUGGUCAAACAUUAUCAGAAAUUGUGGUCAGAAUACGGAAUUCGGUAGAAAUAUUGUAUUUUUCUUUAAACGAUUUCUAUCCAAAUUAUUUCCAGAUCAGCUAUCGUCAGAAGAAUGUUGAACUAUGUUGAAAGUAUGUUUGUCUAUUAAUGUGUUCCAUAACUAUGUGAAUUUCCGCUCUUUUAAUGUUAUGCUUGAACUAAAUCGAUUCCACGGUAACGAACGGAAGCCAAUGACACGAUAAACUAUUCUAAUCUGUUGUCCCAGGCCCCGCUAACUAGAUGAAGAAGUCCAAGGCAAGUAGGGGAAUAUAUAUGUAUUCCGUAAGCAGCCGAGUACAAGCAAUCAAAUAAGGGAAAAAGUCAAGCGCAUUUAUACAGCAACAAACUGUCCUUGAGCAUCAUUAAUAAAUAGCACACACAAAGAAACGAUGGACCAAUAGCGUUUAAGAUAGUUUACAAGUGGGAAAUAUGACGUGAAGGUAAAAAGAGCGCGUUUGGCGCGAAAACAGCUAAAUUCAAAUUUCCAAAAUAAAAUUACAAAACUAAGCCAUUUACCAAGUAAGUUCUGGGGAUUUGACAUCCCCAACAUUUAAUUAGCUCACUAGGAUUCUUUAUGAGGGCUUUGUAUGAAUUCAAACAGUUAUGUUGUGCAGUCAAUCACGCAUAACAUAAUGCUUUAUAGAUGUUCAAUAGGAAAAAGUAAACGACCAAAGGGUCGACAGUUAGCUUAGAGUACAAGUGUAUUCGCCAUUGUUUGUAUAUGCUACGCUCCCAAAUCUGAGCAUUCUCUUUUCAACUACAGGAUUAAUUAUCAUAACUUCUCUCUGGUAACCUAAAAUUAAGUAAGAAGAUAGUAUCACUUUUCACACAAAUUUAUUAGUAACUUAAUUUUCAUUAAAAUAAUUUUGUUGACAUACAUCCAUAUCUAAUAUGUUUCCUGUUACAGGUACCGUCCCAAAUAGCUCACUAAUCAAUCAUCAUUUGGACGAAAUAUCUCCAGAGGCUAAAUUUAUUAACCCUUUAGAACCGUCUAAUAAGAAAACUGUAAUUAAGAAGCUAUCUAAAAGACAUGUGGAACUUACUGUGGAUGAGAAAAUAGAAAAGUUACGUAAAAAGAGGAAAAUAGAUACGUGCUCUUCGGAAAAAUUCAUAGAAACAGAAAUUACUGAGCAAUGUACUUGAAAAUUCUCUUAAACAUAUACCACGCUGAACCAGCCUUAUUUUCAAAAAUAUGGUGAAAAAGUUUAUAGUCUCUAAAAAAGCAUUACAAACAGUAGAAGGUUCUACUGUUUGUGACAUCACAUUCAAAUAAAAGCAUAAUUGUUCGUUAUCUAUCUCAAGUCAAUGUAACCAGUAAGCAUUAAAUAAGAAACAACAUGUACUUGGAG